GGAACGCAGCCUCGAAUAACGUGAUCAUCUGUGGUGUGGCUCGUCAGCUGAUGUGCGACAAGAGUGUCUGUAUCCGAUUCUCAAUUAAUUACAAAAUUGCUUCGCUUUAAAACUUUAUUUGCAAAAUUUAGUUUGCUUUUAAGGAAAGUAUAAUGGCUCUUCAUUCCGCAGGAAAAGGAAAACUUUUAGCGGUGAUUGGUGAUGAGGAUACUUGUGUGGGCUUUUUACUGGGUGGGGUUGGAGAGAUUAAUAAACAUCGCCAGCCUAAUUUUAUGGUUGUUGACAAAAACACAGCAAUAAGCGAGAUAGAAGACACGUUCAAGCGCUUUAUUAAGCGUGAUGAUAUUGAUAUCAUUCUUAUUAAUCAGAAUGUGGCUGAAAUGAUUCGUCAUGUAAUUGACAGUCACACUCAACCAAUACCUUCCGUACUAGAAAUCCCGAGCAAAGAUCAUCCAUAUGAUGCCAGCAAAGAUUCCAUCUUAAGACGCGCUAAGGGAAUGUUCAACCCAGAAGAUAUUCAUUAAUAUCGAUUAUGUUGAAAUAUUGUGUUAUAUAUGUACAGUAAAAUAGGAUUAUUUGAUUAUCGUAUUUUACGUAAUAUCUAUCUCUCUUUCAUGUUAUUCAGUAAAUAUAACAUAAAAUUGCUGUAACACACAGUACUUUUAUGACAAUAAAAAAUAAUAGAUGAAAAAGUAAGAUUUUUUGUCACAUUAUUGUGUAUACAUAUGUAUAAUUAUAAUACUUUAAUAAAAGAGAAAUUAAAUGUGACAAG